ACAGCAUGUGCUCGCCUCGCCGCUGAGUUAGUGCAGAGCGACCACCGCGCUUCGGACCCGCCCGACGCCGCCGCUCCUUCGCGCACCACUUCGCCGCGCCGCGGAGCUCGUGCGCGCGCGCCUCUCACCGCCCCGCGUCGCGGAGCGCGUCCGCUCGCCUUCCCACUCAGCGAGGAGGCAGCCAAGCCCGCGCGAGGAAGGCCGACGACCUCGACGUGGGCCGGUCGUGCUGCGACGUGACCGAGAAGACCACUGGUGACCAUGGGCGUCGAAGACGACGAGAUCGCGGCGCUCCAGGCCGCGCGCAAGGGCACGGCGCUCGGGGCGAAAGCCGGCGGAGAGUUCGACCGCGACUUGUACGGCGGCAGCGCCAAGGGAUACUCGCGCGAGGUCGUCGAUGACGUCAAGGAGGAUGAUGACGAGGCCAUGGACGUCGGCGCGAGCCACCCCGCGACCAAGGCCAACGCCCCGGUGGACGAGGAGGCGGCCGACUUCGACCCGUUCGCGGAGCACCGCGCGGCGUCGGGCCGCCAGGCCAUCGCGGAGCGCGAGUCCGAGUACCAGAAGCGGGGCCGGGCCCUGCAGCGCCUCUCGCCGGAGCGCGGCGACGUCUUCGCGGACAAGACUCCGGCCCGGUCGUACAAGGACGUGAUGCAGUCGCAGAACAUGGAUCACGAGCGCGACGCGCUCCUCAAGAAGAUCGCCGACGGCGAGAGCCUGCAGCAGGAGCCCGAGAAGAAGAAGCGGCGCUGGGACGACUCGGGCGCCGCGGCCGCGACGGCGGCGCCCGAGGCCGUCUCGCGCUUCCAGGACACGCCGGGGCGCUUCGACCAGAGCCCGGCGCGCGGCUUCGGGGGCGAGACGCCGUCGCGCUUUGAUGCCACGCCAGGGCGGUUCGACUCCACGCCUGGCCCGGCAUCGUCGCGCUUUGAUGCAACGCCCGGGCGCUUCGAGAUGACGCCUAGCGCCGAAAGAUUUGGCUCGACGCCGGGCCGCUUCGAGUCCACCCCCGCGACGGAUUCGGCGCGCUGGGACAGCACGCCCGGCCGCGAGGUCGCCGCGGCCAAGGCGUCGCGCUGGAUGGAGACGCCCGCGCGCGACGACGCGCCCGCCAAGGCCCAGCGCUGGGACUCGACGCCGACGGCGCCGGUCGCCGCGGAGUCGGGCGGCAAGCGGUCCCGCUGGGACGAGACGCCCAUGGUCGACAGCGGCGCCGCCGCGGGCGGCGCGACGCCCGUCGGCGGCUUCGGCGGCGCGACGCCGCUCGGCCUCGCGGACGCGAUGACGCCGACGCCGACGUCGUUCGCGGCGCAGUCCGCGGCGGCGCUCGCGCUGGACCGGGGGCCCGUGACGCCGGAGAUGGCCCAGCGCAUGCGCUGGGAGCGCGAGAUGAACGAGCGCAACCGGCCGCUCAGCGACGCGGAGCUCGACAUGAUGUUCCCGGCCAACGGCUACAAGAUCCUCGACCCGCCCGCGGGCUACGCGCCCAUCCACACGCCGAGCCGCAAGCUCACGGCGACGCCGACGCCCCUGCCCGGCAGCGCGGGCGCCCUCGGCGGCUUCUCCAUCGCCAACACGCCGAAGCGCGACGAGUACGGCGUGCCCGCGACGCCCAACGAGAACGAGCUGCCGACGAUCAAGCCCGAGGACUACCAGUACUUCAGCCGGCUCAUGGAGGACGUCGACGAGGACGGCCUCUCCAAGGAGGAGGCCAUGGAGCUCAAGAUCAUGCGCCUGCUCCUCAAGGUGAAGAACGGCACGCCGCCGCAGCGCAAGACGGCCCUGCGCCAGAUCACGGACAAGGCGCGCGAGUUCGGCGCGGGCAGCCUCUUCAACCAGAUCCUGCCGCUCCUGAUGUCGCCGACGCUCGAGGACCAGGAGCGCCACCUCCUCGUCAAGGUCAUCGACCGCAUCCUCUACAAGCUCGACGACCUCGUGCGGCCCUUCGUGCACAAGAUCCUCGUCGUCAUCGAGCCGCUCCUCAUCGACGAGGACUACUACGCGCGCGUCGAGGGCCGCGAGAUCAUCUCGAACCUGGCCAAGGCCGCGGGCCUCGCGACGAUGAUCGCGACGAUGCGGCCCGACAUCGACAAUUUGGACGAGUACGUGCGCAACACGACGGCGCGCGCCUUCGCCGUCGUCGCGUCGGCGCUCGGCAUCCCCGCGCUGUUGCCCUUCCUCAAGGCCGUCUGCCAGAGCCGGAAGUCGUGGCAGGCGCGCCACACGGGCAUCAAGAUCGUCCAGCAGAUCGCGAUCCUCAUGGGCUGCGCCGUGCUGCCGCACCUGCGCCAGAUGGUCGAGAUCAUCGAGCACGGCCUCGUCGACGACCAGCAGAAGGUGCGCACCAUCGGGUCGCUCGCGCUGGCCGCGCUCGCGGAGGCGGCGCACCCCUACGGCAUCGAGUCCUUCGACUCCGUGCUCAAGCCCCUGUGGAAGGGCAUCCGCCACCACCGCGGCAAGGGCCUCGCGGCCUUCCUCAAGGCCAUCGGCUUCAUCAUCCCGCUCAUGGACAGCAACUACGCCAACUACUACACGCGCGAGGUCAUGAUCAUCGUCAUCCGCGAGUUCCAGUCGCCCGACGAGGAGAUGAAGAAGAUCGUGCUCAAGGUCGUGAAGCAGUGCGUGGCGACGGACGGCGUCGAGGCGUCCUACGUCCGCGGCGAGAUCCUGCCCGAGUUCUUCCGCAACUUCUGGGUCCGCCGCAUGGCCCUGGACCGCCGCAACUACAAGCAGGUCGUCGAGACGACCGUGGAGCUCGCGAACAAGGUCGGCGCGGCGGAGAUCGUCGCGCGCGUCUGCGACGACCUCAAGGACGAGUCGGAGCCCUACCGGCGCAUGGUCAUGGAGACCAUCGAGCACGUCGUCCAGGACCUCGGCGCGGCGGACAUCGACGAGCGCCUCGAGGAGCAGCUCAUCGACGGCAUCCUCUACGCGUUCCAGGAGCAGGCGUCCGACGACACGGAGGCCAUGCUCAGCGGUUUUGGGGUGGUCGUCAACGCGCUGGGCCUGCGCACGAAGCCCUACCUGCCCCAGAUCUGCGGCACGAUCAAGUGGCGCCUCAACAACAAGGCCGCGAACGUCCGCAUGCAGGCCGCGGACUUGAUCGCGCGCAUCGCCGUCGUCAUGCGCCAGUGCCAGGAGGACCAGCUCAUGGGCCACCUCGGCGUCGUGCUCUACGAGUACCUGGGCGAGGAGUACCCCGAGGUGCUCGGCUCGAUCCUCGGCGCGCUCAAGGCCAUCGUCAACGUCAUCGGCAUGUCGAAGAUGACGCCGCCGAUCAAGGACCUCCUGCCGCGGCUCACGCCCAUCCUGAAGAACCGGCACGAGAAGGUCCAGGAGAACUGCAUCGACCUCGUGGGCCGCAUCGCGGACCGCGGCGCGGAGUUCGUCGCCGCGCGGGAGUGGAUGCGCAUCUGCUUCGAGCUUUUAGAGAUGCUCAAGGCGCACAAGAAGGCCAUCCGCCGCGCGGCCGUGAACACCUUCGGCUACAUCGCCAAGGCCAUCGGGCCCCAGGACGUGCUCCACACGCUGCUCAACAACCUCAAGGUCCAAGAGCGGCAGAACCGCGUCUGCACGACCGUCGCCAUCGGCAUCGUCGCGGAGACGUGCGCGCCCUUCACGGUGCUGCCGGCCCUGCUGAACGAGUACCGCGUGCCCGAACUCAACGUGCAGAACGGCGUGCUGAAGGCGCUGUCCUUCAUGUUCGAGUACAUCGGCGAGAUGGGCAAGGACUACGUCUACGCCGUGACGCCGCUCUUGGAGGACGCGCUCAUGGACCGGGAUUUGGUGCACCGGCAGACGGCCUGCGCGGCCAUCAAGCACCUGGCGCUGGGCGUCGCGGGCCUCGGCUGCGAGGACGCGCUCGUCCACCUCAUGAACCACGUCUGGCCCAACGUCUUCGAGACGUCGCCGCACGUCAUCGCCGCCGUCUUCGAGGCCAUCGAGGGCUUCAUGGUGUCGCUCGGCGUGCCCGUCGUGCUCAACUACGUGCUCCAGGGCCUCUACCACCCGGCGCGCCGCGUCCGCGACGUCUACUGGAAGAUCUACAACUCGCUCUACAUCUACGGCGCGGACGCGCUCACGUGCUGCUACCCGAACCUCGAGUCCGACGAGGCCAACUCGUACCGCCGCACCUACCUCGAGGUCUUCAUCUGAUCGGGCCGGCGCGGCGCGCGCACUCCCUACGUCCCCCCAACACCAAUCACACCCCCGCCUAAGCCCCGUCUAUUCG